ACAAAACAUGAAGACACCAAGACAUUAGAAAAAUCAGCAAAACCAAUUACAUGUAUAUGAGUCUUAACAUAAAUGUUGUGUCAUAAGUCCAUGUGGAUUCAGCGUCUUUUAUGAUGGCAUCCAUAUUGAGGUGGUAAAUGGACUCUUAGCAAGAGAGGACUAGAUCAAUGACGCAAUAAACAAGACUUUUGGAAUGGUUCCUGCUCGUAUAGGAAAUGGAAUGGCAAAAUCUCUUCUAGAUUUAGUUGGUGAACCCUGUAAAGCAUCUAAUACCAUUCUUGCAAUAAUAGGAGGCCACAAGUGCUCACUGGAUGUGGCUGCUAUCUUGCAAGGAGAAAUAAAAUUUUUCAGAGCCUGGAUACUCUCAUGGGGAAAAAAAAAAUUGGUAGAAAAGAAAGCACAAAUUAUGGUGAUUUUGGAUUCAUUGAGAGAGGUGGAAAGAACGAUGGUGUUAUUGAAGAAACAACCAUUGUUGCAUGCCAGGAAGUGCCUGCUGGCACAAAAGAAAUUCCUGGUGACCCUUAGGAAUUUCAUGUGCUGCUUCCUCUAUUUGACCUUCCUUGCUAUGAUAUUGUUGAAACAAUUUGGAUCUUUUUUGUUAUGCUUGAGGGAAAUUGAUGGAAAAGAAAAGAAAAGAAAUGCCAUUUCUCAAUUUGCUUUUGUUUGGACAACAACUACAAAAAGGAAAAGAGGAAAAAACAAUGGAAAUUAGAUUUCUUAAUUUCCCUACCUUUAUAAAAUUUCUCUCCAAUUUAGAUUGAAAAAGGAAAUGAAAGAUUAAAAAAAUUAUGAAGGCUAAAGUUAUAAACAUACACUGUAUAAAUAACAAGGGCUACAUGAUAAGAGUAUAAAAAUAAAAAUAUACUUCUUUUAUUUUUCAUCCACUUAUAUGUAACUAAAAAAUAUAAUGUAAAAUAGAUUUCUUUUCUUUUCUUUUCCUCUACUUAAUUUCUUUUCAUUCCCAUUUCCAUUUCCAUUGCACAAUUAAGUAUCCAAACAAAGGCUUAGUGUUAAAAUGAUCAAAGGUGACCAAACCACAAUUGCCAAGGAAACUGGAAGGAGACUUGGAAUGGACACAAAUAUGUAUCCAUAUUCAUCUCUGCUAGGUGAAGGUAAGAACGAGGCAACUAUAUCACUUCCAACUGAUAAGCACAUUAAGAAUGCUGAUAGUUCUGCUAGUGUUUCUUCUCUGAACAUAUAAGAAACACAUAUGUGGAAUGAGUGUUGAUGGAGUGAAUGAUGCACCUACCUUGCCGAAGGCUGACAUAGGAAGUGAUGUUGCUGAUUCCAAAGGUGCUACCAGAAGUGCCUCUGACACAGUUCUAAUUGAGUCUGGGUUGUGCAACUUGAACCAACACCAAUUUAACAUGGAAGAUUAAGCAAUUGUCAACAAGCUUGAAGAAUAAUUAAUAUCAGCUAUAUAUCUUCAAGUCAGUAUCAUCUGCUUGGUGCCCAUGCAAACUAGAAAUUUUCAGGAAUAAAAAAUAAUGGUAUGAUUUGGUUGUACAAUGUUCUUACAUCCUUCUUGAUCCUAUUAAAUUUGCAAUGCAGUAUGCACCACAUACCCCAACAAGAAGGAUUUUGGUAAGGACUGUAAACAGAUUCUUCCAUUUUUGAAGCUAUUUUUAGAAACAAUUAGAUGUAAGAUGAAACAAAUGUUUAGUCAAGAUUCAAUUGGACAUUUGAGAAUGACUAAAUGCAAGAUGAAGCAAGGUGGUGACAGAGGUUC